AAACGAAAACAACUCUUGUACUCUUAUUCGAAAUUCAACUCUAUGAUUCAAUAGACCACAGUCUGAGCUUUCAGUAGUCAUAUCCUAUCGUAGGCUCAGAAUGCCGAAAAUCGUUUCGAAGUCCAUCGUGUGCACAGAUUCGAAAGAUCAAGAGGAAUACAUCGAAAAACCCCUGAAUGUAUUCUACUGUCGGUGUGGAACGAUUGCUGUGAUUCUCGAUUGCUCUUUGGAAAAACUGCCACUGAGACCCCGGGACGGAUCGAGAGUGAUCGACGCUUCUAAGCACGUCCAUAAAGUCAGCUGUGAUCCCGAUGAGACCGUUCACCUCAAAUGGGAUGAAGGGAUAGAGAAGCAGCACCGGAAAAAAUGCAGCAAGUGUGGACUGCCGCUGCUGUACUAUCAUGACAAUUCAAGCAACAUCUUCAUCUUCAAGGGUGUCUUGACGCGCACUGCAAACAAAGACGCGUCGGCCGUUGUCAAUGAGCAAAGUCAACUCAAUGUGGAACGGAAGAGGAUUCUUGUCACGAAACAUACGAAGAAUAUGGGGAAGUUCAGCUCUGUCACCGUCAGUACGAUCGAGGACGAAGAGGAUGAAAUCGAAGAGAGAGAAAUCGCGGACUCGUACGCUUCGAACGCUCGAAUAAUCGAGAAACAAUUCAAACGGAAAGGCAUGCUGAAACGGAUUAAUGAGGCGGACACCGAGAAGGAGAAGAAGAAGAAACAGCGUGGAACUCUAUUGAAUCUGUAAUUUAUCAUCUAAGGGUGAUCUGUACAUGGAAUGUAAAAAGAAAAUAGCACCAAUAUUCAGAGAA